AUGCUCCUGGCCUGGGUGCAGACGGUCCUUGUCAGUAACAUGCUCCUAGCAGAAGUCUGUGGAGCCGGAGGCUGCUUCGGGGACAACGGCCACCUGUACCGGGCGGACCAGCCCUCACCCGCGCCGGGCCUCCGCUGCCUCAACUGGCUGGACGCACACAGUGGCUUGGCGUCGGCCCCCCAGGCGGGCGCCGGCAAUCACAGCUAUUGCCGAAACCCGGACCAGGACCCGCGCGGGCCCUGGUGCUACGUCAGAGGCGAGGCUGGCGCCCCAUAUAAGCGACUGUGCGAGGACCUACGCUGCCCAGAGCCGCCUUCCCCGGCUCCACCAGCCCUGGUAACUGACUCGGAGGAGGCACAGGUAUUCCCUCCUGCCAAUGCCCUACCUGCCCGGAGUGAGGCGGCAGCGGUGCAACCUGUGAUUGGGAUCAGCCAGCGGGUGCGAAUGAACUCCAAGGAGAAGAAGGACCUAGGGACCCUGGGCUAUGUGCUGGGCAUCACCAUGAUGGUGAUCAUCAUCGCCAUUGGAGUUGGCAUCAUCUUGGGCUACACUUAUAAGAGGGGAAAGGCCUUGAAAGCGCAGCAUGACCAGAACGCGUGUGAGAGGGAGAUGCAGCGUGUCUCCCUGCCCCUGUCUGCCUUCACCAACCCCGCCUGUGAGAUUAUAGAUGAGAAGGCCGUCGUCGUCGUCGUCCACACCAGCCAGACUCCAGUCGACCUUCAGGACGGCAGCACCCCCCUCAUGGACCAGGCGGGCACUCCUGGGGCCUGA